AUGGCACAGAACUGCUUCCCAGCUGGAGAGACAGGUGCCCUAGCGUUCAACAUUGCGUCGUUUAUUCCCCCAGCCGUCUACAUGACCCUCACCAAACUAUGGAUCUCGGGAAUCGAUCCAGCCAUGGUCGCCACGUCGGAAGCCUGGACAUACAUUGGCGUGGCCGCCGAAGUCAUCAACGAGGGUCUGCCUCGUGCGGCGUACAAGGUCAUUGGUGACAGGGCGAGACUCUCGCAUCCCCAGCGAGUAACCACGGCGUUCACGAUGAUCGCGGUCCAGUGCGUUCUGGGCGCCAUCUUGAGCAUCAUCAUUGCCGGCGCCGCCAAGGAGUUUGCAGCCAGCUUCGUACCAGCAAACGUCUGGCUUCGCAGUGUCAAAUACGUUCGCAUAUCGGCCUUUUCAUCCCUCUUCUCGGCACUAGAGGUUGCAGUCUCGACAUCGACACGAGCGCUUGAUUGCCCAGACGUUCCACUCGCGAUUGCCACCGCCACGACGGCCCUCAAUAUCCUCCUCGAUGUACUCCUCGUCAGCAAGUAUAGGGUAUACAAGAACGCGGACGUCACUACACAGGCUGCCAUCCGCCUCGCUUGUGAUGGGGCCGGUGCGAUGGUCGGACUGGUCUACUUUACCUCCCUCAUGCUCUGGAAGAAGAGUCCGGACAUGCGCCGCUGGCUCGUUCGUCCACAUUUCAGUGCGUUGCGGAGCAUCAUUGUCCCCGGAUCUUACACGUUUAUCGAGUCGGCUAUCCGCAACGCCUUCUAUCUCUGGCUGGUGCAUGGUAUUGUUUCACUCGGCAACGACUAUGCCACUGCCUGGGCAAUCUUCAACACUAUCCGGUGGGGACUCGUCAUGGUCCCCGUGUACGCUCUGGAGGCGACUUCUGCCACCUUUGUGGGCCAUGCGUGGGGUGCGUUCCGCCAACGCACGGCCGACGGGAGUCUGGUCACAAAGGCCAACGUUUGGCUCAUCUGCCGCCCAGCAAUGGUGUCGGUCGCGAUCGCCCUGGUCGUAGAGGUGCCGCUGUGCAUAGGCAUGUCCCUGGCGGGGACGUACCCGUUUGCACUCUACCUCUCGCAAUCCCCAGCCGUCGCUACCAUCACGGCACACAUGUGGCGCACGAUUGAUUGGUGCUACAUCCUCUACGCCGCCACCACUCAACUGGCUGCCAUCCUCUUGGCAACCAAGCCACAAUGGUAUCUGGGCCAAAGUCUGGCGUCCAAUCUCCUUUGGGUCAUGCCAUGGGCGAUCGUGGUUCAGGUCCACGGUCUGAAAAGUGGUGAUCCAUGGAUGUGGCAUGCGAUCGUGUUUGGAGGGAGUAUGGUGUUCAGUUUUGUGGUCGUCCUGAUCGUACUCGUGUUCUGGGGCUGGAGGGUAUGGCGGACAAAGUGGGACACGGCCCCCCGACCCAUCAUGGUCCAGCCAACGUAUCAGUUGUAG